UACGCCGAAGCUUGGGCGGCGUUUGACCUCAGUUAGCGUGUUGCUGUGGGUCAACUCCGGUGUACUACCAGACUACCGGGCCGGGCUAACGGUGAAGGCUCUUUUACUAGCAAUGAAAUGUUCAUUUAUUGAAAGCAUUCUAAUAUCUUGUAUCUUAAAUUGAUGUUAUUUGAUGAUGCGAUGUCUGGCACCAGAAUUACAGCGGAAUCUGUUAAAUCAGCUCGUCAACUGUAUCGUUAUUUGAUGAGAACAUGCGAAGAGCUUCCGGAGAAGCCUAUGCAAGAUCACUACAAACAUUAUGUUCGACAGGGUUUUCAUAGUCAUUCAGAUGAAACAGACCCAGAGAGGCUGAAUCAGAUAAUAGAGAAGGCCAUCGAAGACUCAAAAUGGAUUUUAGAAAAGUACAAGAAAUGAGAAACCCAACCCUUCAUGCUAAUACAGAGCAGUUGAACACAGCAAGAGGGUUACACUGGACAUCCAAGCAUUGAUAUCCAGAUGACGAUAGGAUCAUGACAGCAGUGCCUUUGCUGGAGAAAUGCAUUAAUGGCUGGACUGAGAAGUGUACAUGAGAUAUUAAACUAUAGGCCUAUUGAUGUGUCAGAAAAUGUAAAGGAUGAACACCUUUUUCACUUUAUGUACUUCUGCAUUCAAAAAGUAAGAUUGCAAAUUUGUGCUUGAAGACAGAACAAAUAGGAUGCAUCAGUGCAUUAUUUUCUUUUGAUCAAGCAAAUUUUCAUUAUUUUUAAUUAUCAAUACAUUAUCACACUGUGAUUGAUCAAAGACGGACGAUGAUUAAAAUCCUUGGGUGCUAAUUUCUAAAACAUUACAGACCAAGUGAGGCAUUUGCAGGCCAGCUGUAAAGCAGAUGGUUCUUGCACUAUCAUUUAUGUACCUCUCAUUAUCAUGCUCAAGUUGAUCAUUUUCAAUAGUGAAUGCACCAGAAUAGUACUGGUACAAUGUACUUGGUCUGACUCUGUUGCUCUUAUCCCCCAUCCAAUGUUAGCCAGCCCAUUGAAAAAGAAAUCGUAUUAGUUUCUAACCUUUUAUGAUUGGUUUGUGAUUGUGAAUAGCAGCCCAUACCCUGUAAUUUUGCAAAAAUAAAUUUUCCUGCUUUUCAUAUUACAAAAUCAAGUUGCCCAUUAUCAGAUAUUGUUGUGGUAGAAAUUCUUCUAUCUCUUCUUUUUGAGCUGUAUCAAUAAUGUUAUGAGGUGAGUUUUCAAAGGCUUUAUUUCAAAAUAAAGAAAGUUCACAUUUUCUCAUUUAUCCAUGUAUACAAGAUAAGACCAAAUCAAUUACUUUGGUGUUGGUAGUAGUAGUUUGAUUGUCAAAA